GCCAAAUUAUCUUGUUUGCAGUGGCUAAUACUGGUACGAGUGACUGGGUUUGUUUACAUAGUAAAACGGACCGAGGCGAUUUAUGUGUGUACACCGGUUUUAUAUUUGAAUAUGAAUGGAUUCAACCUUUAACCCGUGAAACAGUUCAACAUGUUUUUGAUAUUCGUGUAUGGGACAUUAAAAACCGGUGAACCAAACUAUAAUCUGAUGAAAGAUGAAACAUCCGGUGUGUGCAGACGACUUGGUACCGCUUACACCAAAGAAAAAUACCCGCUGGUUGUAGCAUCGAGAUAUAACAUUCCAUUGUUACUGUACAAACCAGGAACAGGGCAUAAUGUUCAAGGAGAACUUUAUGAAGUUGAUGAUGCCCAAUUAAAACGACUUGAUCAACUUGAAAAUCAUCCGAAUUUGUAUGUCCGAAAAGAUGUCAUCUUGACAAAGCAAAACGACGAUUCAAAUUCAGAGGAAGAUAUCCAUGCUCAAGCUUAUUUUUUAGUUAAUUAUAGACCUAGUUUAGUAGAUUUACCAAUGCUUGACAGUUAUAAAGACAUGACUGACGGGAAAGUAUAUGCUAAACACAGCUCUAGAGAUAUACACAUCACUAAUUUCUACUACGAAGUGCACACAGACUACGAAAAAGACAUAUAGGUCUAAUUAAUUCGCUUUACGUUAUCAGAACUUUUGUUUUGAAAGAUUCGAAAUUGAAAAAUCAGUAUUCUGUAUGUUUAUGGUGUUUGAUUUUGCCUCGUUUACAAGUUCUUUCAAGAAGCAUUUUGUUAUGUCACCAUGUGUAUUAAUCAAUGUCUGCAUGACUUAUUUUAAAAAAGUAAAAGUUUAUCACGCUGUAGCUAUAUGAAUGAAAAUUAUUCACAGAGAAUCUGGUAUAUUAUUUUGUUACAUACACAAUUAUCAUAUAUAUGUCUACAGCAUGAUAAGAGAAUCAUUGAAAUAAAAAGUUAUAUAAAUAACUAGUGAAUUAAUGUAAUUAUAAAACUCCUGUGGUUCAUGUAAUAGUUCCCGGAAAAGGGGACAAUGUAUGAAACGGCAUUUUUUGUUCCCUGUUCAGUAAUAUGAGAAAAUCGUAGACAAAAUAUGACUGAAUAAAUCUGAAUAUAACUUGUG